AUGUCGAUAGUAAAAAAUACAGACGUUGACGGUUUUUACAUGCCCCAUCAUGCAGUAGUUAAAGAGUCGAGCUCUACAACUAAACUUCGAGUAGUCUUCCACGCGUCUGCGAAAUCGAGCAAUAAUACAUCUUUGAACGAUCUUUUAAUGACAGGGCCCACGAUACAAGACACAUUAUUUGCACAUUUAAUUCGUUUCCGUAAGUACAAGUAUGUUAUAACUGCCGAUAUUGAGAAAAUGUACCGGCAAGUAUUAGUACACGAAGACGAUAGAAGAUUUCAGAGAAUUCUUUGGCGUAAGGCAGGAAAAAUAGAGACAUUUCAAUUGAAUACGCUCACAUUCGGCGUUUCCUCUUCGCCAUUCCUAGCAAUUAGAACAAUACAAAAACUCGCAGAUGACGAGUGUUACAUCUAUCCUAGGGCAGCCGAAGUUCUGAAAAAUCAUUUAUAUGUCGAUGAUUUGUUAUCAGGUGCCGAGACUCUCAAGGAGAUUCGGAAAAUUAGAGAUGAUAUAAUCGCUUUAUUGAAAAAAGGUGGUUUCGCUAUUAGACAGUGGGCAUCUAAUGAUUCGCGCGCGAUCGAUGAUUUGUCAGAUAACGCAUUACAUGCCAAUUUCGUUCUAGACGGAGAUUAUUCGUUAAAGACAUUAGGUAUUUCUUGGAGCACACGUGACGAUAAAAUAUGCUAUACGACACAACCGAUUAAAAUAACAGGUAUGGUGACUAAGCGGAAGAUUUUAUCAGAAAUCGCAAAGCUGUUCGAUCCAUUGGGAUUAUUAGGACCGAUCUCUUUCGAUCGCGGCUUAAUAGCACCAGAAUUUCGCGAUAUCCAAUUACAUGGAUUUUGCGACGCCAGUGAAGUCGGAUAUGGAGCGUGCAUAUAUAUACGAUCGGUUGGUAAACAUCGGAACAUUAUUUGCAAAUUAGCAUGUGCUAAAUCACGAAUCGCACCAUUAAAACCCGUCACUAUACCUCGACUUGAGCUUUGCGGCGCGUUGAUUCUGGCACGAUUAUAUCGCGAAACGAGUAAUUCUUUAAAGAUCACACCUAACAAAGUCGUUUUUUGGAGCGAUUCCACUAUUGUUCUUCAAUGGUUAAAGACCUCGCCUCAUUUACUCAAAACUUAUGUCGCUAAUCGAGUCGUAGAAAUACAAGACCUGACUGGUUCAUAUGAGUGGCGACACGUCAAAUCAGGAGAUAAUCCAGCCGACGCCAUUUCGAGAGGUCAAUUACCCCACACUUUCUUACGAAACGAUACUUGGCACUCGGGACCGCGUUGGUUAGUCAGAAAUGAGAGCGAGUGGCCUAUCGAAAACAUGCAAUUAACCGAAUUAACCGAAUUAAGGAGAAAUGCUUGUCUUACGAUUCACCUUGACAGCGAAAUACUUAAAAGAUAUUCUUCUUAUUCAAAGUUGUGCAGGGUUGUCGCAUAUUGUCUUCGGUUUCGACUUUCAAAUAAAAAUACUGGACCAUUAGAUGCGACAGAAAUAAACGAAUCCGAGAUACGAAUAUUAAGAAUUCUUCAAUCUACUCAAUUUUCGAACGAAAUAAAAAACCUGACUUCCACGCGUCCAAUACAUAAGGGGAAGAUAGCAGAGUUAAGUCCUUUUCUGGACGAACACAAGUUGAUUCGUGUUGGAGGACGCCUCCAAAGAUCAGGAUUACCAUUUUCACAAAAACAUCCUAUUCUGCUUCCAAGUCGGAAUUGCCUGACAGACCAAAUUAUUCGCGAAGUUCACGAAAAACAUUACCACGCGGGCAUUCAAUCCACGUUAUAUAUACUUCGUCAGAGAUUUUGGUUACUUGAUGGUCGAAAUCAAGUGAGGAAAAUUAUACGUUCUUGUACGCGCUGUCACCGUUUCAAUGCUAGUGCAUUCGAUUACAAGAUGGGGAAUUUACUAUCAGCUCGCGUAGGAGAAGCAUUCCCGUUUGCUCACACCGGAAUAGAUUUCUGUGGACCAUUCCACAUCAAGGAAAAGAAAUAUCGAAAUCGAACUCGAAUGAAGGUUUACGUAUGCAUUUUCGUGUGUAUGACCAUAAAGUCGGUCCAUCUUGAGGUCGUUAGUGACUUAACUUCCGACGGUUUUUUAGCAGCACUACGACGCUUUGUCGCGCGACGUGGUCUGCCGGAACACGUCUUUUCCGAUAACGGGACCACCUUUGUAGGCGCGAAUAAUCAGCUGAAAGAAAUGUACGUCCUAUUCAACUCUGACAAACACAAGAAACAAGUGAACAAAUAUGCCGCCGAACAUCGUAUAUUGUGGCAUUUUAUACCUCCAAUAGCACCGCACUUUGGAGGCCUGUGGGAAUCCACUGUGAAAUCAUUCAAACAUCAUUACAAACGAGUAGUAGGCGAUUCUCUGUUCACAUUCGAAGAACUAAAUACGUUCACUAUCGAAAUUGAAGGUAUCCUUAAUUCUCGUCCUAUUACCUCUCUUUCCUCAGAUCCGAACGACAUGUUAGUUUUAAGUCCCGCUCAUUAUUUAAUUGGCAAGCCUAUAACGACCUUUCCGGAGGGCGAUGUAUCAUUUGUUCCAGCAAAUAAAUUGUCCACCUGGCAGCACAUCACGAAGGUGCGACAGGACUUUUGGUCUCGCUGGUAUCUCGAAUACUUGAAUGAACUGCAAAGAAGGAGCAAAUGGAUCAAAGAUGGUCCCAAAAUCGACAUCGGAACAAUUGUAUUAAUCAAGGACAAAAAUCUUCCAUGCACACGAUGGGCGCUCGGCAGAAUCAGCGAACUACACUCAGGCAAAGACGGUGUAGCUCGAGUUGCCACCAUCAAAACCGCAGUGGGAGAAAUAAAGCGAAAUACGAAGUGCCUAUGUCCUCUCCCGAAUAACAUUACACCUAAUUAA